UAUGCAUUCAAGUUGAUACAUAUGCUAGAGUAUCAUUUAAUUUUUGCGAAUUGUUUUUAUUAAUGUUUUCAAUUUUUAAUUUUUUCACUUACCAAAGUUAAUAGACAUAAAUAUUCAAUAGAAUGGCUCUGGUUGAUAUAGAUACAUGGAUUACGGAAUAUGCUGCAUGUGAACGAUUAAGCCGAGAUAUUCAAUCACAGAUUGUUUUGCGCAAUCAACAACCAUCUCGUUUAUCCACUGAAUACUCGAAAAUUUCGAGUGGUAUUCGAUUUAAUUUAAAACAAUUUACAACAAAUUUGGAUCAGCUUAACAAAACAAUAUCACAUUCAGCCAUAACUACACAAGAGGCAGAACGACGUCAACGUCAAGUUGAAACCUUACAAUCACAAUAUGUUCAUUUGCAAUCACAAUUUAUGAAUGUGGGCAAUGCCAACUCCGACCGAAAUCAAUUGCUGGGAACUGAAAAACCGAGCUACUGGCAGAGCCAAUUUGACGAUGACGAUGAUGAUGACCAACCUCUUGAUGGUUUUCGAAAUCAACCAACCAGUUCAAGUGGUCGUGAACCAUCCGUUGAUGAUCUACGCAAACAACAAACCCGAAUACUCGACGAUCAAAAUGAAGGUCUUGACGCCCUUUCGAAAGUGAUAUCACGGCAAAAAAACCUAGCGCUUCGUAUUGGCGAUGAAUUUGACGAACAAAAUGGAAUUAUCGAUAAUCUCGUAAGCACAAUGGAUAAUACAAAUUCUAGAAUGGCCGGUACAACCCGAAACGUGGGUGAAGCAAUUCAAAAGGAAUCAACCAAAUGUUAUUGGUUUUUGAUCAUCAUUUUGUUAGUUGUAAAUAUUAUAGUUGCCAUUUUAUAAAUAUGUAAUUUCGGCAAAAAAUAAUGUUCGUAUCCAUUAAGUUUUGAUUCAUUGUUAGCACUUAAAUGGCCAUAUGUUUAUUGAAAGAUUUUUUAUGUAAAUAUUAAAAUACCAAAACUAUAAACUAUAAA